AAGAACAAAAAAACCCAGGACCACCACUCCGUGGCCAGUGUGAAAAGUGAGCGGACCGCAGACGGAUUGUUCCGUAAUCGCCGCGCCGAUCGGGGUCAGAUUUUCUUCCAGAAGUUCGGUAUACGGUGGCAGAAACGAUUUUACCCGGUUUGAAAUUCCCUUCCCGUACAAAGUGAUUUAUUUUUCGUUUGGCCGCCUCCGCAGUCUUGGGAAGAAGAAUCGAAAAUGUUCCGCCGCACGCUGACCGUGUCGUACUCGCCGUUCCGGAACAACUACGUAACGCUGCCGGACAACUACUUCCGGAUGCUGUCGAGUUAUAAAAACGGCUGUUUGAGCAUAACGCACGGCAUCGACCAGCACUACAUGUCGUGGUCCCCGUACGGCGGCGGCGGUGGCUACCAGGACAACCGGAUCGGCAUCAACGCCCAGGUGGCGGCCACGAUGGGACUCCGCGAGGGCGAUUGCGUCAUGGUGGCGAUGAUCAUUGAGGCGCGCUCGUUGAAAACUGUGGAAGUUACGGCGGCCAGCGAAAAGGACUGGGAAAUGCUGCAAGUGAGCAGCGCGCGAAUUCAGGCCAUCUUACUCGAUCAGACGAGAGUUGUUACGAAGGGACAGAAUUUGGUCGUUUGGAUCAAUGAUUCGAUCAGCAUCAAGAUCAAAAUAAGAUUCACCAUUCCGCCCCUCCCGUUCGGCCGCCUCGAGAACGACACCGAACUGGUGGUGGAACCGUACAAGCGCAACCCGCUAAAGAAAGACCCCGACCCGAUUCUCCCUCCGGGUCCCGGCCUAACCCGCAGCGCCACCAACCUCAACAUCGCCGAAUUGGUCCGCCAACGGCAGCUUCAACGCACUAAAUCCAAGGAACUCGACAUCAGCGAUACGCUGAUCAACUCUGCGGGGCUGAUUGUACCUUCCGCGGCAGUGGAUCCAGUCAAGAAGCGUCCGAUCACGUGGCAUCGGAACAACCACGCGGUGGAGAAUGGCACCGGGAAGGAGAACCACCACCGGUUGGAGAAUGGAGGUGACAAUCACAAGGAGAAAAGCAUUUUGAAGCGGAAUUCUGCGGCGCCGGCGACGAACGGAUUGACCAACGGAACAUCCUCCGGAGGGGGAGUGUUGGCCAACGUGCAGACCGCGGUGCGGAAUUCGCUGUUUGAAAACGAUCUCGAGAGGCAUUUAAACAAGCUGCAAAACAGCAAAUCGAUGGCGAACUUUUUGAGCGAACCCGCGAAGACGGUGGUUGAGAAGCGGGACGUCGUGGAGCCCAAGUACAAGAACAGGGGGCAAUAUCUGGACGACCUGGUGGCGACGCUGCAGCGGGAGGUUCCGCGAACGUUCGAAUUUCGAGUUAUUAAGGGGAGUUGGAACUGUCGCAGGAACAAUUCGCAAAUUUGUGACAUUUACAUCACGAAGGAGAACGUUCCGGACGGGAUGGACAUCAACCAUCCGUUCCUGCUGACCAGCAACGACGACCGGGAGUACUUUGUGAACGUGAGGUUGGCCACGGAGGUGGAGCGGUUCCCGCGGAAUGCCUACCCGACGGUGGAAGUCAACGACAAGCUGAUGGAACUGCUGGAGAUCAAUCAUGGAGAGAAGGUGACCCUCAAAGCUAAGCAAACCGCGCUGAACAUCGUAGACUUGAUCGAGUUGGUGCCGGCGACGAAGGUCGCCCCGAAAGUUGAAGCGGACAUCAUCGAAAAGUUCAAGGAGUUUGUUCUGUUCAACUCGAAGGUGCAUCCAGUUCUUUUAAAUCAAGGGCAAGUGUUCAAACUGCCAGAGUACUACCUCACGAUCAAGUUGCAGCCGGCGAACUUAAAGUACUGCUUGGUAAACGGGGUGAUUCUGAGGCAGAGUAAAAUAACCUGUGCUAGUGAGGUGAAAGCUUUGGGGAAUUUGGUUGCUUGUGAGGGGGAGGAGAAGCCGAAGAAGGGUGGAGGGAAGCAGGAGGAGCAUGGGCCGAAGCCGGUGAAGAUUGCCAAGUUUCAGCAGAUUGUGGACGAGUGCGUGGAUCAGAUCAAGUUGAAGCUGUGUCUGGAUGAGCGGUCCAAGACGAGGAAGGCGUACAAUGUGAUUAUUGCUGGUUCCUCCCAGGGUGGCAAGAAGAGCAUCGUCCAUUCGAUCCUGACCCAACUCGGCGAAGCCCCGUUCCACUGCUUCUCGGCGACGUUCCACUGCUCGAAGCACAAGGGCCGCAAACCGGACUCGAUCCAGAAGGAUCUGCGCCACUUUCUGUACCUGUGCAUGUUCCACGGUCCAGCCGUGAUCCACCUAGAAGGGCUGGACGUGCUGACGCACCAAGCCGGUGAGCAGAACACCCAGGACGCGGAGUAUCAUAACAAGGUUUCGGACGUGAUCCGGAAGCAGAUCGACGAGUUUACCAGCGUGAAUCCGAUUUCGGUGAUUGCAACGGUUGGAAGUGUUAGUACGCUGAAUCGGAGAUUGUUUUCUUCGAGGGGCUUCCAUCUGUUUCACCACAUCUAUCGGGUGCCGAACCUGGACAAGACUGACCGCGAGGUGGCGUUGAAGAGUUUGUUUGUGAAUAAAAAGUGCAAGUUGGAGAAGCGAAUCAACUGGAAGAAGUUGGCGGUGGCGACCGAGGGUUACACGAUUGGCAGUUUGGUGCAGAUGGUAGAUCGGGCGGUGUUUUAUGCGUUCAAGAAAAAUUCCCGCUCUCCCCUCAUAACGGAGGACAUGCUUGCCGGUGCGCUCGACGUGACCAACUCGUACUGCCUGCAGGGCAUCGAGAACCACAAGCACCAGCAGCAAUCGGACGACCUGGACGAGAACGACGACGUGCCGGGUGAUCAAAUCCCAGGUCUGGAAAAUGCCAUCGAUGUCUUCCAGGAGGUCCUCAUGUGGCCCAGCCGAUUCCCCAAGAUCUUUGAGAGUUCACCACUGCGGAACCAGGCUGGAAUUUUGCUCUUUGGACCACCCGGAACGGGCAAGACUUAUCUGGUGUCGAAGCUGGCCAAGACGUGGAAUUUGCGGAUGAUCUCCGUAAAGGGUCCGGAACUGCUCGCUAAGUACAUUGGUCAAAGUGAGGAGAAUGUGAGGAAUCUGUUUGACCGGGCACGGAGUGCCAAACCUUGUGUUCUGUUCUUUGACGAGUUUGACAGCUUGGCGCCGCGGAGAGGUCACGACUCGACGGGGGUUACGGAUCGAGUGGUGAAUCAGCUGCUUACCGAAUUGGACGGCGUUGAGGGUCUUCAAGGGGUUACGGUGAUUGGAGCGACCUCGCGGCCAGAACUUCUCGAUCCGGCGUUGUUACGAUCCGGAAGAAUUGAUCGGCUUGUCGAGUGUGGACUUCCGAGCGAGGAAUCCCGACUGGCAAUCUUCAAGAACCAAAGCAGAUCGCUGGAUCUGGCCGCCGAUGUUCAACUUUCUCUGUUUGCGAAGAAAUCCAACUGCUACACCGGAGCGGACAUCCAGAGCAUCCUGACGACGGCGAACAUGCAGGCGGUGCAGGAGUGUCUGGCCGGGGAUGACGAGCAUGUUCCGGAGCAGAUAACGAUUAGCCAGCGCCACCUGCUGGAGGCUUUCGCCAGCACGAGGCCCUCGCUGAGCCCCCAGGAUGUGCAAAAGUACAAGGACACGUACGCACGAUUCACCAACAAGGAACCUACGUCGAGGGAUUUCGUGGCCAAACGGUCCACCUUGGCUUAAGAAGGAGUGGGGAAAUUAGCGUGGCAAUUUGUUAUUUUACACACACGCGCACUGUUGUACUGUUAAGGUGGAUUGUUGAGGGUGUUUUUUUUAUUAUAAAGUGUUUUUAUACAACUCUGUUACUUAACGUUAAGCUUGGCAUGGAUAAGGCGAAAAGAUUUUAUUUUAUUUUUCCGGAUUUGCAUAAAAAGACAAAAAUACGUAAA